GGAUAUUGUAUAACAGUGACAUCUCACCGUCUGUGACGCUUUGAAAAGGGCUGGAAUUUCCAGGUUUAUGUGGAAAUAUUAAACGAUGGAAUAAAGUCACCGCGUGUUUAGCGAGCGUAAAGUGUGGCCUAGGCGAUGUCUGUAAACACUUAUUGUGAGAACGGUAAAGCACUUGGUGAAGAUACGACAUACAACCAUGGUCUGCCAAGAUGUCUCUUUGAAACCGUUUCUCCUCUGGUCUUUUUACUUCUGAUCAUACUGGCAUGUAUACCUCAACUUGUGAGGCUUGCGUACAAGAGAAGAAUGGCAAAACAACGCUAUGCCUCCAUCCAAGAUGAGUUUGAUCAAUCAAUCGGCGCAACAGCCAAUGAUCUUUUGUUAAAUAAGGAAACGCCUGUUUCUUCUUCAUUUUUGGACAAUCCGGCUAGCUUCAUCUAUGGAGAGAACUAUCGCACUUCCUUUUUGUAUACCUGCCAAUUGUUUUUCCACAUAUGCCAAAUUAUUCUACCCCUGCUGGAUAUUGUCGUGAAAGCCUCAAUGGAGUCUUCUCGUAUACAAGGGGUAACCUUGGUCGGCGAUUUGCUAAUGUUCCUUGUGUGGUUUUUUGCUUACUUCGACACAAUGAUUGAAACGCAGGAUCGUUAUAUAGCCAAGUUAUCAAAGUACUCAACGCCUUUAAUCUUAUUUUGGGGUCUAACGUUCGUUAAAAAUAACCUUGUCUUAAUCUCAUGGAACAACAAUGAAUGGUGGUUCCAUCGAAAAACAUCGGUCGAGGAAGCCGAAUUUGUUCUAUUUUGGCUGAGGUAUUCGUUUUCAGCUUUGAUACUAUUUCUCGGAAUGAAAGCUCCUGGUUUGUACAAAUCAAGCUAUGAGGUCUCGGUCGAGGAUGACGACACCCUCGGAACGCCAUCGGCAGCUGACGGUAGACAAGUAUCAACGUUUAAGGGAGUCAUGAGAAAGCUGAAGAUUUUAUGGCCUUUUCUCUGGCCAAACCGUCGAACGUUGCAACUACGUGUUGUUGUUUGUUUUCUUCUUCUCGCGGGAGGUCGUGCAGUUAAUUUGUUUAUUCCUUUGGUGUAUCGUGAUAUAGUCAAUUACCUAACCCCCGGCAAAGAUGGCCUUGAAGGAAAAACAAAUCCAUUGCAUUUGAUUAUUCUUUAUGUUGUCCUGCGGUUUCUGCAAGGGGGAGGAACAGGUGCACUGGGAAUGCUGAGUAAUAUGCGGUCGUUUCUAUGGAUCAAAAUACAACAAUACACUAGUCGUGCCGUUCAAGUGCGACUGUUUGCUCAUCUACACAGUUUGUCGUUGCGUUGGCAUUUGGGUAGAAAGACAGGAGAAGUAUUGCGAAUGAUAGACCGCGGCAAUACCAGUACUAAUAUUUUGUUAAGUUAUUUGCUCUUCAAUAUCUUUCCUGUUAUCAUUGACAUCAUCAUUGCCAUAAUUUAUUUCAUUCUCGCAUUCAAUGGAUAUUUUGGACUAAUUGUUUUUAUAACCAUGGGUCUCUACAUAGUACUGACAAUUGUUAUCACUGAAUGGCGUACCAAAUACAGACGUGAAAUGAAUGCCAAGGACAACAAAACAAAAGCAAAAGCAGUUGAUUCAUUGUUGAAUUUUGAAACGGUAAAAUAUUAUAAUGCUGAGGAUUAUGAAGUUGGACGAUAUAAUGAAGCAAUUGAAGAUUACCAAGAUAGCGAGUGGCAAUCGAUGGCCAGCCUUAAUCUUAUUAACGUGGUGCAAAAUUUCAUCGUGACAAUUGGUCUGUUAGCUGGGGCAAUUUAUUGUGGCCAUUUAGUCAUUAAUGGAACACUUAAGGUCGGUGAUUUUGUGUUAUUCAUAACGUAUAUCGUUCAAUUGUAUCAGCCACUUAACUAUUUUGGAACUUAUUACAGAUUUAUUCAGCAGUCUUUUAUUGACAUGGAAAAUAUUUUUGAUCUGAUGAAAGAAAAACAGGAGGUUCAAGAUAUUCCAGAUGCUCCACCGCUUAUAGUUGAUGGUGGUAUGAUAAAGUUCAACGAUGUUCAUUUUUCAUACGAAGAUGGAAAAGAAAUCUUAAAAGGAAUAUCUUUUCUUGUUAAACCUGGUGAAACGUUAGCAUUGGUCGGUCCAUCAGGAAGUGGCAAGAGCACCGUUAUUCGUUUACUGUUUCGAUUUUACGAUAUUGACUCAGGGCUAAUUAGCAUCGACGAUCAAGACAUCAGUAAGGUUUCUCAGAAGUCUUUGCGUAAGCACAUUGGAGUUGUCCCACAAGAUACUGUGCUAUUCAAUGACAAUAUCCGAUAUAACAUCCGAUAUGGUAGGGUGGAGGCCUCCGACCAGGAGGUGGAAGAUGCUGCGAAUGCUGCUGAUAUCCAUGUGCGCAUUCUUUCCUUCACGCAACAAUAUGAGACGUUGGUAGGUGAGCGAGGUCUUAAAAUAAGUGGAGGAGAAAAGCAACGUGUUGCUAUCGCAAGAACUAUACUCAAGAACCCGCCAUUAGUUCUUCUCGACGAGGCCACAUCUGCACUAGACACCCAAACUGAAAGGAACAUACAAGCGUCUUUAAGCAGUAUGACCUCAAACAGGACAACAAUAGUUGUUGCGCACAGGCUUUCCACGAUUGUAAAUGCUGACCAGAUUCUAGUUCUUAAGGAUGGUGAGAUUGUGGAAAGAGGGCGACAUCAAGAGCUUUUGGAUCGACAAGGAGUAUAUGCAAAUAUGUGGCAACAGCAGCUAACCGCAGAGCAAAGCGAAGGGGAGGAUAAUCAACAAUAAUCAAAUCAAUUUUAUUUUCAACAAAUUAAUUCUGUAUUAUAAUUCCAUUCGUUUCAUAUUUCAUAAUUUGACAUUAUCGAACUCUAUUCUUUAGUAAACAUGAAACUAUAUUGUAAGCUUGAAAAACGUUUUCCUUUCAAAAUUCAAAAGAUAGUCAGUUUGCAAACUUAUUUUUGUUUCGUAUAUUU